CUUUUGACAGAAAGUGCUUGAACGAAACCAGAAGAUUAUUUAGUGCAUUAUGUUCAGUCAGCUUUAUUAACAUCAUCACGGUCAGAGAAUUACCAUUGAUGUGUGUCGAGUUAAUUUUUUUACUACAAAACGUGUGUGAGCGAUACAAAGAAUAAAAAAAAAAUAUAUUUACCUCCCGUUGUCAUCGGGCAGUGCGCAAACGCAUACCAGUUUACACUACUAACAUAAAAGAGGAUGGCGAGUGGCCCUCAUUCACUCAGUCAGUCAGCGAAGCUUGCCAGAGCGCACGUUACGUAUCGCACGAUUUUUUUUAAAGCAAACCGUAUCAUUAUUCAUAAUAAAAUAAUACUAUAUUCUAUAACCUUCCAAGUGUUCGACGAUUUUACCUAAUUCUCAACCAAUUUGCUCGCAAGGAGAACAACAGUUACCUGCACACCAUUAGAGGACAUCAUUCGAACUACAAUGCUGAGGUGUCUAAUUGUGGUAUUGUUCGUCGUUUCAACGGUUACCAGCCAGUGCUUCUACAAAGAUGACUCUUCUAAAAAGCUGAAUCCGGAGGCGCGGACCGCUUUGUAUAACGGCCAGCUGGGAUUCACGUUAAAUCUUUUUAAUACAAUCAACGACGCUGUACCCGAUGACAACAUAUUCUUCUCACCUUUCUCAGUAUACCACUCAUUGCUACUUGCAUAUCUCUCAUCCGGCGGACAAACUGAAGAAGCUCUGAGGAAAUCUUUAGAAAUCGAGGAUGGAUUGGAUAAAAUAAAUUUAAUGACUGCGUAUAAAGUAGACAAACGAGCUCGCGGUAUAAACAACAACAGCGAUAGUUAUGAGUUUACGAGCGCGAACAAACUGUUCGCAGCUGAUGAUCUUAAUGUGCGACAAUGCAUGCUUGAUCUCUUUGCCGAAGAUCUCGAGACUUUGAAUUUCCGGGAAAAUCCUGGCGCUGCCCGUGACUACAUCAAUAGCUGGGUGUCUCGUGUUACCAAGAACCAUAUAUCUGAUUUAAUUCCCGCCUCUGGGAUAUCUCAGACUACUAGACUCGUCCUGGCCAACGCUGCUUACUUUAAAGGUGUUUGGGCGUCUAAAUUCCCUGCCGAGAGAACAAGAAAAGAAGCUUUCUUCGUUUCGGAAACCAGACAAACUCUUGUUCCGUUCAUGAAACAAAAAGGAACUUUCCAUUAUAUGGUGAGCGAUGAACUCGGCGCACAGAUUUUGGAGCUUCCGUACAAAGGCAGUGACAUCAGCAUGUACAUUCUACUACCGCCUUACUCUAUGAAGGAAGGAGUGAGUAAUAUUAUCGCUAACUUGACCCCCGAGCGUCUGGCUGCUGUGGUAGAAGAGAGCUAUAUGGGCAGAGAAGUCAUCGUUGAGAUUCCUAAGUUUUCCAUGGAGAGGUCGCUACCACUUAGAGAAAUCCUGGAAAAACUUGGGGUCGGAGAUCUGUUCAAUGGAACAGCUGACUUCAGUACGUUGACAGAGCAACACGGCAUUCUGUUCGAUGAUGCUAUACAUAAAGCAAAGAUUGACGUUAACGAAGAAGGUACUGUGGCAGCAGCUGCGACCGCCAUCUUCGGGUUCCGUUCGUCUCGACCUGCAGAACCGACCCGCUUCGUUGCCAACUUCCCUUUCGUAUACGUUCUAUACGAACGACCAACCAGUUCUAUUUUGUUCAUGGGCGUUUACAGGGAUCCUAAGAAGUAUUGAUUGCUUAAUGUGUUUGUGUGUAUGCGUUAACAGUUUUAAUUCGAAUAUUUUUUGUGUGUAAAUUACAUAUUAACCAUAUCGAAGCUUGAACGGCAAACGUGACUAAACGACAAUAACUGCUUUGUACAUAAAUGAUAGGCAAUAACCAUAUUCGAUGUGUAAAAAAAAUUAAUUUCUAGGUCUAUUAAAAUCAUUUUAAUCCUACAGCUAGAUUCGUUAAAAUAGAUUUUUUUUCAGGUAUUUUAACUUUAAAUUAGUCUACUGUAAAGUUCACGCAUUGUCGCUUAAUCACGUUUGCCUUUCAAGCGUCGAAAUGCAUUAUCAUUUUGACUGAUUGAUACAUAUUUUAUUAUUGUAUUUUGGAAUGGUCUUCAAAGUUUGUAUGUUUUGAAUGUAUACUAAGUAAAAUUUGUUUUAAUUUAUUUUGGUAACAAUUAAUGGAGGAUAACAGAAAAAGUUUUUUGUUUAUGUAUUCAAGCGUAACAAAAUGAGAUGACUAGAUUUAAUCUUUAGGGUUACAUCUUGUCAAUUAUGUUAAUUCGCAGCAAAAUCGAUUUUCCCAGUUGACAAUUGUUAUUUUUUUAACGUGUUAUGUUGACAAUUUGUGUAUAGCAUUCGUACCAUUCGUAGCAUUCGUAUAUAAUUGAAGAGAGCUCCAACUACUAUUGUUAGUGUUAUAUCUAGACAGGGAUAUUUGAUAUCCAUAUAGUGAUGGACACACAUGAUCAAUUAAUCUUGCUUCUGCAUCUGUGAAUUCGGUAACGUCAAGGAAUCACUUCGAGCGCACCUCGUGUAUUAAAUAUCGCCCGACUUGUUUCUUUGCUUGCUUGCCACACAGAUUUUUGAACUAAAUAAAUCUAUUUGGUAUUCAAUUAAAAUAUUGUGCUUUAACUCUAACAUGGAAUCUCAUUGUUCACCUGUUAAGUGAGAGAAAGAGAGAGGAUAGAUAGAGAGAAAGAGAAAACGAAAUUAUUUUGAUAGUUUAAAUAUUUUAGUAAAUUAUUUGUUAGUAUUCGUAUUUGUAAAUUUUAAAAACUGUCAUUGGUUUCCAAUUCUCUGAUAAACGUAGAUUAUUGGUUUGUUAACAAAAUAGAUGUAAUGUGAAAAAUAAUAAUGCUAAUUUUUAUUUAAUAAAACCUAACUUAAU